AUGGCUUAUGCCAUCGCACGCUCCGAUCCCAUCAAUGAUCGACCGGGACAGGGGGGAAUGCCGAUUGACAGGACAACCAAGAACUUUGCUCUCGUCGAGAAAGAAGUCAACGAGUGCAAGGGGACAUUUUUCGGUGAAGGCACCCCGAAUGGCCUGACAACUAUUGAUCUGAGCGGCGCAAACAGGAACAGAGCAUGGAUUAGAAACCAAGCCGCCGUUUUCCAAUACCUCAGAUACACCCAUCGCCCUCCCAGCACCAAGGAGAACGUCUGGGACAAGUGGAUGCGCGUCUCCAACUGGAUGGACCUGGUACUGGACGAGUUCGACCGAAACUAUCCAUGGGGGACGCACCCCGAUGAGCCGAGGCGCUCCGGAGCCAACCCGUCGCUGCGGUCCUUCUACGCCUACUGGAUCGACACGUACCUGGGUGGCAUCGAGAGCAACGCGAAGGGCUGGGCACGCAGAGCCCAAGUGGAGUUCAGGCAACGGUACGGGAAAGAGAACGGCCAAGCCGCGACAAACUGGCUGAAUGACGCUUUCCGCGCCAAUGGGUUUGCGGACCAGGCGAGGAUGGAGUUCCCCCGGCCCGCGGGGGCCGCGUCGGUGUUCGGGGCCUACGGGAACCCCGCCAUGACUUUGGACAGGGACGGCACCGCGGUCAACCUUGGGGCGCCGGCGCCGCUGUGA